UUGCCGUAGGCUGGGCGCCGUGGCCAGAACUCAUUCAGAUAUAGACUGUGAGGGAUGAUCAGCUUCCUUCUGGUCCUCCUUACGUUGGGACGAGGAAUGCAACCCGCCAACCGGCCUUGAACGAAUCUUAGUUUGCUUUCCAAUUCCUGAUCAUUCAAGAGCUAUGAUAUCCUCCACUCAUUUCCGCAAGAAAAGUGGCGCGCGAAGUAAGAAGCUCCGGAAUGUGCGGACCACUCGAUUAGACUCCGAGGAUGAGGACAGCCCAAACCGCGGCGAUUCGCCCGUUUUGGCUGUUUCGCGCCCGACAGUUGCCCAUUGGGCCCAGGAUGGUGAGGAUGAUGACCCAUCGCCCGGGGUAGAGGGGCUACAGAGCAAAUUGGCCCAGAUUCGGGAGCGCAAGAAGAAGGCUGCCGGCCUUAAAGCGGCCUCGCAACAUCUGACGCAAACCAAGAAACCGAGCCGGGAUUAUUUAGGGGAGGAUGGAGAUCAUGAGGACGAGGACGAAGGCGAGGAUGAAGAGUCUUCUUUGAGUAGUUUGAACAAGAGGACAACCACCACCACCACCACCAAGCAAUUACUUAGCUUUGGUGCUGAUGAAGAAGAAGAGGUAGUGUUUCAAGUGAAGAAAUCCAGCCAAUCUCGAAAGAUCAUGAAGCAGAAGAAAGCCGAGCGCAAACGCCAAAAACAGGCCAUUAAAGACAAUUUGAACGGUUCGGACUCAGAAAAUGAUGGCCCCAUCAGUCAACCUGCUUUGAAACCCGGUCAAAGCAAUGUCAUCGAACCUGAGCUGGACAUCAAACUCAAUCACACUUUGCCCAGCCGUCCCGACAAGACUCCUCAGUCUUGGAUACUCAGUGGCCGCGAUGCCGAAGCAAUGCAUAUGGAGGAAGAAGAUGAAGAAGAGGAGGAAGAGCUAGAGAGCGAAGAAAAGAAUGGCCAAGGGGAUCCCAUUCGAAGCAUUCUUACCAGCGGAGUCAUUCCGGACGCCAUGGCCAUUUACCAGGCCAAAAAGAAACGGCAAAAGGCACGUGAGGCUGGUCCUGUCUCGAGCAAUAAUCGGGAUUACAUUCCUAUUGAUUCGGUCCGUCGAUCGCCUCGUGAUGAUCGAAACGGUGGCGGAACCCGAGGUCGACUCGUCCGAGAAGGUGAAAGUGACGACGACGAUGAAGGACGGAUUUCUUUCACCGUCCAGAAAGACAAUAAGAGUCAGGCCUUAAGGGCCACGGUCGACAGUGGCGAGGAGGACUUGGCUGAUGCCUGGGAAGAACAACAAUAUCGGAAAGUGCUAAAAUCAGGGAUGAUUUCGGCCAAGGACCAAGCUUACUACACUGAUCAGGGGUUCCAUAUGAAUUCGGGCAAGGAGUCCGGAAGUAAGCUUGAAGACUCCAAGUCGGUGUUUAGCAAUAUGAAUGUGAAAACACCUUUAACUUACAACCUUCAGGGCAUAAAAAAUAACCUCAAAGAACGAUUGGAAUCGUUGAAUGAAGUUCAUCGCCGUCAUCAGAACGAUGCGGAUAAAUCCAUUGACAGUUUAGUGAACAGUCAAUCGGAGAUCGAACGGCUCGAGGUUCUCAUUCCUCAAUACGAAAGCCGAUAUAAAUUUUUCCAAGAGCUUCGCUCCUACGUUUCAAAUUUAGUGGAAUGUUUCAACGAAAAGAGACAAGUUGCGAAUAAAUCAUGGAUCGUCGACGUGAAGACGUCCGUGAUCAAAUCAUCGAGCUCUCGUCCAAACCGUCGCAAUUGGACGAGUCGAGUGAUGCUGAACGACGAAGACGAGCCGCUGAACGAGAAGGCAGGAGGACGAAGACGCCAUCAGCAAAGGUUACAAAGCCAAGCUCACUUAAAAGUCAAGUAUAACGAGGGAAUGUCUUCCGACGAUGAGUUAUCGACCUCAGACCAAGCUAAUCUGAGAACGAUUCGCCAAGAUGUCGAAAACCAGGCCCGCACGGUCUUGGCGGACGUGGUUGAAGAGUUCUCGACCGUGGGCGGGAUCAAGAAAAUGAUGGGAGAGUGGAAGCGAGAGAAUGGCGAGUCCUAUUCCGAUGCAUAUGUGUCGUUAUGUUUGCCCAAAAUGUUCUCCCCUUUGGUGCGACUGCAACUUUUAUUUUGGAACCCCUUUGCGAACAACGAAAUCGAGCAUAUGGAAUGGUACAAGAGUUUGGCCACCUUCGCCUACCAACACGAUGAGACCGAGGAAUCACUCACCAAGGAUCGAGACAGAAAACUGCUAUCUUUAUUGGGAAAGGUUGUUCUACCGAAACUCUCUAGCAUAAUCAAGUUUUCGUACGAUCCUUUAUCGAGUACCCACGCAAAGGUGUUGUGGCAUCCUGUCACGUUUAUCAAAGACUACCCUACUCUUACCGGUCAAUCCAAGCAAUUGCGCACCUGCCUCACCGAGAUCAGGGACAAACUCAAAGCUGCUGUUGAUCAUGAUGUCUAUAUUCCCAUCGGUUACAUGAAACAACAAGUUGCGAAUAGAAUCAUGGAUCGUCGACGUGAAGACGUCCGUGAUCAAAUCAUCGAGCUCUCGUCCAAACCGUCGCAAUUGGACGAGUCGAGUGAUGCUGAACGACGAAGACGAGCCGCUGAACGAGAAGGCAGGAGACGAAGACGCCAUCAGCAAAGGUUAACAAGCCAAGCUCACUUAAAAGUCAAGUAUAACGAGGGAAUGUCUUCCGACGAUGAGUUAUCGACCUCAGACCAAGCUAAUCUGAGAACGAUUCGCCAAGAUGUCGAAAACCAGGCCCGCACGGUCUUGGCGGACGUGGUUGAAGAGUUCUCGACCGUGGGCGGGAUCAAGAAAAUGAUGGAGGAGUGGAAGCGAGAGAAUGGCGAGUCCUAGAAAAUCCGUCUUCGCCUCAUGCUCAGUUUGUGAAUCGUCAGUUUUGGGGUUGUUUCAAAUUGUUGAAAAACGUUUUGAAGUGGCAAGAAAUGCUUGGUGAUAAAGUGCUUGCAGAUCUAGCCGUGAGUAGUCUGCUCAACAAAUACCUCCUCAUUGGCCUAGGCAUGAACCCUGAUCCUCUUGAUGCCUUGGUCAAAACCAGACAAAUUGUGUCUGCUUUACCCAGUUCUUGGCGAGAAAUCGGCGUUGCGAAAGAGGAUUUGGGUAGGUUUGCCCAAUUUCUAGCAACUCUUUCCGCCAAACCCGUGGGUCCUGACGGAGUGCGAUCGAUCGUGGAGAUGUUAAAACUAUUGAACUAUCAAACCGAAAGUGAUACUAUCAGAAGAACAAGAUUAGCAUGAUUGUAACGGAGGUCAAUAAUGAUAAGUUUCUAAACUUUUUCACGAGUAAA